UUUGUCAAUUUUUCUGAUCCAUUUUCCCCUCACAACUUGGAAAUGAAAAAAGUCUUCAUCGAAUUUCUCUAUUGAUAAAAUAAAAGAAUAGAUGGCAUUCAAGCUUAGUGUAACAACAUCGUGAAUAAGCCACUAUGAGGUAUCAUUAUCUCGACAAUUACGAUUGUGGGUCGAUAUUUAUCAACAAAACUGUUUUAUUACUAUUCAAUGCUAAAGUCAUGUAAAAUUCAAAGAACAGUUGUGCAGCAAAGCUGGUAUAAAUAUUAAGGAGAUGCUUUCUGUGGGAUGUAACCUAAUACUGGACCCCCGUGGUUUUCCCUGUAAAGACCUACUUUAUUACUAUGCUAAAAUAGACAAGGCGCGUUAUAAUCAGAGGGCGACUUUUGAAUCCCUUCCGUGCUACAGAACGGAAUAAGUAUUAGGUCUGUUGGUUAUCGUUUCAAAAAAUAAUAAUGCUAUUUCUGUUUUCUCACUAGAUAGCCUUGAGAUAUCAUUGGCCUAUUGUUAAGCAGACACUUCAGCCAUUCACCAUUCAACAGAUAUUCACCAAAAAAGUAGAAUUUAUUACACUCUUUUUUUCAAAGGAGAAUCUAAAGUGUGUAUGAAUAGCUAGAUAAAUGCGAGAGGAUCGUGGGAAGGGAGAUGCGCAAUAUGAUGCGGCUGAAGACUUAAUUACAAAAAAAACUUUGUGCAUUCAUUUUUAAACGGCCGCUAUUCUUUUAUUACAAGUGUCCAGUACAAUAUUUUAUGAUAUUAAACUGGCCAAUUGUUGUAAUAGAAUACUUUACCGGCCUUGUUAAAAUGACGCACAGAGUUAAUUGCAACUUAAAGAAAGCGCACGAUGAUACGCACGAGAUCAUAUGGUGUUGUAUUGUAAACAACAGCUUACGCUUGACCCUCGUCUUUGCUCCCCCCUGACUGAUGUGUGCAUUUCCAACACGCUCUCGAUUUGCAUACCGCUGUGUGGCGUGAAAUAAACAACCCUGCCACCACGAAAACACAAACCGAGAUAGUCCCUGACUUUAAAAAAAUUCCAUGCCCCAUCAAAGCCCUUCUAUGUGGUCUAGUCGAUCAUAUAAGUUGUCUAAAGGACCGAAUUUUAUCAUUGACAAUUAUCUCCAAAAUUCCACGUUUGAUUGUUGAAAUAUUGCGGAAAAUGUGCUUUUCUCAGUUUUGCGGAAAGAUGUGUUCUAAAAUGGUAGUAACAUUCAAAAUGUUACAACUUUCUUUCUAUUGAACAUAGCCAAACCAAAUUUGACAUGAGUUAUCGUACACAAUUGGCGGUUGUAUUUGCCAAAAUUCGGGUAAUAAAGGCUAAAAUAAACGCUUUUCGAACGGAACUUCGCCCUCAAUUUUUCGGGUCGAGAUUUUAAAUAUAUAUCUAACUUUUUUCCUCUUCCAUAGAGGCUGUAUCACCACAUAUUGAACUGAUUCUGGUAGUGUCAUCAAAAAGCUAACGCUCAAUUUUGCGUCAGUCUCAAAAAAGUGCAAAACAUGUUGUUUACUUUUUAUCUGCUGUCCAGACGAAGAUGGCAAGAUGUAGCGAUAGCGACUCAUGUUAAAGUUAAGGGUUUUUUUAAAGCGAUUUUCAUGAAGAUACUUUUUGUAUCGGUUUGUUGGAUUUUCACUGAGAGGUUUCCCGCGUUCUAGCUUCAGGCUCUUUUCAAAUUUAGUAAAACGAAAACGACAGCUACUGAUUGAUAUGGUAGUAAAAUGUCAGUCAAAUCCAUGGAGUUUAGAAAAAGUGGGAAAAAAGGUGUUUCUUUCCAGAUCACACUCUCAUGGGUCACUCACGAACACAGAAAGCUCCUAAAAAAGUAACUUUGUUGGCAGUAUAGUUGAUGGGAUAGAUGUAAUAAAAUCUGUUUUAAUUGCAAAAGCAAAAGACCAACUAUUACCAGGAAUGAUAAUCACAAGUCAGAAAUGAUUUUAUUUCCUCUAUACCACUAGUAUAAUGCAGCAUCAUUAUCUCUAAAGCUAACUAGUAAAAAGCCAAUAAAUUCUAAGGUUAGCAGCCGUGCGUCAUCCGGGAAAGGAGGGUUAUAUACCAACCCCACUCCCCCCAUCUUUGGAUUCCUAAUAGUAAAUCUUCUUAAAAGAAACACCACCCUCAGCAAAUCCUGGGUACGAGUCUGGCUAGCGUCUGUGCUUAAAGACAGGAUGUAAUUUAGUUGACUAACAUCCAAAUCUUACUGUUUUAAUUAAACUUCCUAUCAAAGUGCUCUAACAGAUAUUACUCAAGUUUAUUUAAGUCACCAAUCAUAAGUCUUCGGUACAGAAGUCAAGCACUAGCUAUGCUAUUAGGUAGAUUUUUUAAAUCAUACUCAAUACAUCUUUUAUCAAACGACCAAUCACAUUGCAUGAUUAAAAUAAAUAUGAUUUCACUGUUCAUUUUUCUUGAGAUUUCUCUUUGAUAAAAGCGGUCCGACAAAUUGGUUAGCAGGUUUUAUUCCUUAUUUACAUAUUCAUUUAAAAUAGGAACGACUUUCCUUCGCAUUAUCUUGUUCAGUAUUUUGAUAUGAUGUGUCCCGAAAAAACAACAUCGGCUUGCAGCGCGCGGUUUUUGUCCUUCUUCCCCAAUGAAAUAUUGAGUGAAUUCAAUUGUUUAACACAUGACAAAGAUAAGCCGGUUAUUCUCAAUAUGCAGAAGAAUUGUAGUAAAUGUUUAGUAUGGAUACGAAGUGUAAUUCGUUUAGUUAAACUCGUUUUAUUGUUUUCAUUUGUUGAAAUGUGAAACCUUGAAAUAAUGGAAGUUGUUACGUGUCGUAAGGUGAUUUUAUCACUUUGUCAACUGUAAAAAAAAACAACCAAUUGAGCGAUUUCAGACGCAAGUGGCACCCAGGCUGUGUUAUUAACAGGAUGUAAACGAAAGGCUAUUUCGUAGGAUGCACAGAAUACGUCACCGCGUCGACUGCGUCUAGUUGCCUUGGAGCUGAUAUAUAAAGCCGUUUUACUGUCAACAAAGAGAAGAGAAACGCUGCCAAAGCUCUCGAAGUGAAAAACAGGAGAGAAGUUCAUCUGAGACAAAGAGCAUUUCUUUGUGCAGGGAGAUGAAGUUGUUGACAUUUUUGCUUGCAUCCGCAUUCAUGUCGUCGUUUUCAGAGGGGGCCCUGGAGACGAAUGAGACUCGACUCUACUUGGACCUGUUUAAGAAAUACAAUAAGUAUACGCACCCAGUGGUCAGCGGUAGCAACCAAUCCCUACGAGUGGAGUUCGACUUUCAGCUCAUUCGCAUUAUUGAAGUGAGUGCGAAGGAGCAGUUUAUCAAAUUGUAUGCAUGGGUCAACCAGUACUGGACGAAUGAGCUGUUGACUUGGAAUCCUGCGGAUUACGGCGGGAUAACGCUGAUCCACGUGGAGCCUAAAGACGUCUGGGUUCCAGAUGUUCUUCUUUAUAACAAUGUUGACGAGGAGGACCGUUUCGGCGGAGGACAAUUCACGUAUAAAGCGAACGUAGCUCUUCACCAUAACGGCGAAAAUACGUGGUUAAACCCUGCCAUCUUUAAGAGCAUCUGCAGUGUGGACGUGACUUAUUUCCCAUUUGAUGAUCAGGAAUGCUUUCUCAAAUUUGGCUCUUGGUCCUUUGACGCCUCGAAGGUGGACUUGCACCCACGGGAUCUCAACGUCAUAAAUAAUAAUUACAUCACGAAUGGCGAAUGGUACUUGGAAAGAAUUGCAACGAACCGCAACUCCAAGAAUUACAAGUGCUGCAAAUACCCGUUUGUUGACGUCACUAUCACCAUAACGAUAUCAAGGGUUUCACUAGACUAUAUCAUGAAGCUUAUCAUACCUUGUUCUCUCAUCUCGUCCAUGAUCUUCUUGGGUUUCGUACUCCCCCCGGAGUCGGGCGAGCGGAUUGGGUUGAGCAUCACCGUUCUGCUGGCCAUGACCGUCUUUCAGCAGCUCACUUCAGAGCUGAUGCCAUCCUAUGGCUUUCCUCUGCUUGGGCAGUAUUACUUCGCGACCAUGAUUGAGAUAGGGGCCUCUCUGGCGGUCACUACAUUCAUACUUAACUUUUAUCAUCGCAGCAGUCGGAGAAUGCCUCGGUUUCUCAGAAUAGUUAUUAUUGAUUGGCUUGCCAGGGUGGCCUUUCCGUUCAAGAAACGUAAACGGGAAGAGGAUCGUUUUAACUGCCAUGUAAACCACUUAUCGUCAAGAAACGAGGGUUUAGGGAGGGAGGGUGGCUCGUACUCGAUGGUAGAGUCCAUUAUCGACAACACGGAUCAAAGGAAUGAAAGGCCAAGUAUUUGGGAUCCAGUACCGGAAAUGAACUCAAGGUAUGACCUCCCGGUAACCAUGGAAACGGUAUCCAUGGAUAACGUCAAUUAUAACUCUGCUCGAAACUCGCGAUGCAACAUCAGGCGUGUGAAUGACAAAGGUCGAAUUAAGCGGUUUAAAGCACGACGCAUGCGUAAUGCGUCAAAUGGAUAUAGCUCAAAUCAAGGCAGUAGCCAAGCAAGGUCAAGGCAAGGACAUUUUGUGGGAAAUGUGGCGUUUGGGGGCUUGACGCAGAAUUCUGGAGUCGAUUUCUCAGAGCAAAAAUCUAAUAAUCAGAAGGAAUGGAUGAAAGCUGCGCGGGUACUUGAUAGACUCUUUUUGAUCAUUUCAGUGAUCAUUGGCACUGUUACACUCUUCGCUAUUUUUCUUCGGGCCCCAAGAUUCCAACUUACUUGAAGUACGUUUGUGGAAUUAAAGCAGAAUGAAUGAUAUCCUUGCUUUAAUGAAAUGGUUUAUAAGAUUCAAUUAGAAGAACAAAACAUCAACUGAAGGCGUUGUUAGUAUGUGAGUCCAAGGCAUCGACGAGAAUGGAGAAAAGCAGAAAAACCUGAAAAGCAGUGCUGAAUACUUGUUAUUGAGACUAAGAGCUCAUUGCAUUCAUUUGCGUAUAUUAUGGUACCAGGAUUUCUUUUAUUGCUUAGUGAUUAUUGAAAAAAGUAUCCUCUUAUUUAUAUUAGAAAUAAAAGCAAACUCAGGAAAACUCAGUAACCUAGCAUGUGGAACCAUCAUCUACGCGAUAUACCAAUAUGAAAUGCGCCAAUAACAAUGAAAACAAAAUAUAUAACGAAUAUCUUUAUGUAUUGGUGUCUUUCUCUAGAUAUUUGAUGUAUAACUUUCCUCUUUAGAUUUUGGGCGUAGUUCUUUGUAUUGAAUAACUUAAAAUGGCAACAGAAAAAUAUACUUUUUUUAUGCAAGAAUCCGUAUUUCGUUAUCGCAGUCCAUGGGAAUUAAAUGAAAUGUGCAAA